AUGUUUCUUGCCGUGGCAUUGCUUCGGUCUGUGUGCGACUCCAAAUCCAAGUGGUGCGAGAAGGCGGCCGACAACCGCCGAGACGUUUUUGACGUACGGGAUCGCUCACCAAAUUUUGGGGUCCGUGCGACUUUGUCGGACAUCUCGUUUGCGCAAGCACCGGUUGACGAAUUUGCGCGUAUAGCCAUUUUCACUGAACAUUCGUCGAAGGUAUUGUAUCUCGGCAACUUUAUCUUCUGGUUUACUGCAGUGCGUCUCAACACGCCGAUAGAGCGUCCUUACGCAACUGCGUUUGUAGCUGAUUGGGUUGUUGCUGUUGUAAUUCAGUACUUGAAUCGUGCCACCACAAUCUUUACAACAGACGAGGACAUUAAGGAAGGCCAGUUGGCUGUUCUCUUCUUCCUCCAUCGUAAAUUGGAUGUCCGGGAAGACGCUAUUGAGACGCUUCUUAAACGUGAGCACCUGAUCCCGUUCGACGAUGGCGAAGGUGUCAUCCACAUACCGUGUCGCGUCGUCUUCUAUUUCUCAAUUACUUCUUGA